CUAAUUUUUUUUUUAAACGAGCAACACAGAUCGGCGUGGGUUCGAUGAAUAUUUUGUUAGCGUGGGUAGAUUGUUAAUUAUUUACACGGAAUUAUAUCAAAAAGUGCUCCAGUACGGGUCGUUACAACAAACAUAUAAACUGCAGUAUGGUAAUCGGCCUGUUGAAACUUCAAGACAAAAAUUGACAAAAGCACCGGACUCCAACAUGUCGCAACAGUAUAGUCUACGGUGGAAUAACCACCAGCCGAACUUUAUAUCUAUGUUCACGACCCUAUUGAACACACAAACUCUCGUGGACGUAACUCUCUCGGCUGAUGGAAAGCAACUGCUCGCGCAUAAAGUUGUUUUAUCUGCGUGCAGUACUUAUUUCCAAUCUCUGUUCGUUGACAAUCCGUCGCCACAUCCGAUAGUCAUCCUGAAGGAUGUGACGUAUGCCGACCUGCGCACGAUGGUCGACUUUAUGUACUGUGGGGAGGUGAAUGUGACCGAGGAACAGUUGCCCAAGGUCCUGGAUACUGCCAAGCUUUUAAAAAUAAAGGGUUUGACGGAGAUGCCAGACUCCACGUCACUAACACGAUCCCAAGGCACUUCGGCAGAGUUCCAGAACCAGGGCGACUCCAUGGACUCACAGAGACAAUCGCCAGCUGCCUCUCCUUCCAACAAGCGCAGACGGCGAAGGAAAAGUUCGAGUGGUUCUACAUCACUGAACGUGGUGGAAAACGAGCAAGGCCGCGCUGACGUCGCCGCUCAGACGGUGGAUGCGAUCACGUUAAGCAGCGUGCCACAACAACAACGGCGCAUGCGCGAAUACCAUGAAAUUAGAACCAUCGACAAUUCGCAACAGGUAGAUGACACCACGGAACAGGACCUCAACGUUGAGCAGAUUGGACUAGAGAACACCCCCACAGCGAUACCACAAGCGACAGUGAUUGGGCUGACAGGAUCUUACUCGCCAGUGGUGCCACCUGGAGGCCAAUGGACUAUGAUGGAGCAUUCGUAUCCGCGGUACACGAACGCGUGCUUAGGAGCUGGCGCGUUGCAGCAGGACCCCGGCAUGUACAUCAAUAAUGUGAUCAACCCGCACAUGGACGGCGACAUCAACUACGGCCAGAGCCUCGGCGUGGCCGGCCCCUCGCCCGGACCCUCCUGCGUUGACGUGCAAGCCGCACAGGAACCCAAUCCUACGCCCACCCCCAAGCGACGACGAACUACCAACCCCCAAUCUGAAGAGAACUUCCAGAGGGCUUUAGAGGCUGUGCGUUUCGGAGGAAUAGGAUUCUGUAAGGCGGCUCGUAUGUUCGGCGUUAACAAUAGGACCUUAUGGCUCGAGUAUAAGAAAAAAGGAUACCCGAAUAACAGGCCAAGUAUUAAAAGCAGGAUCAAGCGUGAGCAUACAACGCCACCGCCCGAGCAUAAAGAGGAGCAACAACUACCGGAGCAACAGAUGGCACUGGUGUGCCCGCAACAUCAGGUGCCGCCUGGAUUCAUCGAGUCCAACGCCGCGCACGGGUUUCCAUUGCAGGGCGUGGCUCACAACUCGCCUCUCAACAUUCUGGGAGUGAACUUCAACUCAAUGCAAUAGAACGCGGCCUGCGGCGUGUCAGCGGACGAGUCGUACUCGUUGUGACACGAGUGGCAAGGCGCAGACUACGGGCACCACCAGCCCUACAUGGCGCCUUCGCCCCCGCAUGCCGCCUUCGCGCCGCCGCGCUAUGAGCACUUGUACAUGCAUCUCGCGUUGUAAAUAUUAGUCCGAACACGUAACGUACUUACUAUCGGUUUGGCUGUGGGCUUACAAGUCUUUACUUACAGUUCAUACUUCAUAUACCUUGCGAAAUUGAAACAGUUGCAUCGAGUAAAUACUGCUGCAUAUAUUGGAAUGUCUAACUGACUUACAGAAUGGCCUGGUACAUUUGUAAGUUAACAGUAUUGUGACUGAGGUGUGUCGUAGUAUUAAUUGGCAAUAAAAUAAAAGCAAUGUUUUUUAUUUUCGAAUGGAUAUAUACACAUUUUUUUGGUGUAAUGACGACACACGCUCAAAUUCGACAUGGUUUGAUGGAUCAUAAAUAACUGCAUGAAACUAUUAUAACGAAAAAAUAAAUCAUAUUUUAUACAAUAACUGUUGUGCCCCGAAACUUAGUAAUAAAUAGUACUCCAUCUUACUAUAUAAAUUAAUGAAUUGAUGCAUCACACGUUCUUCAUGGCCCUUAUAAGGUGAGCGCCACAGCCGUAGAAUUGCCAUGGAAAAAAAAUUAUAUCUUGUAGAUCUCAAUAGGACCGUAAGUUAUAAACUGUUCGGUAAACCAGUGUUUUUUACAAUUAAUAUAGUGCACAACCGUAGUGUUAUGUGUAGUCGUCGGAUCGAAUGUGAUAGCGAAUUUAUUGUUAUGUAACUCCCGCUUUGGUUGCAACACUGGAGACACAGUUUCAAUAAGUUCGUCAUUAUUCUUGCAAUAAUAUUAAUAAUGAUAACCUACGGUACUUUGAAUUAGUUGGCGUAACGGUACGGGUGUGUAUCGAUGUAUUAGUUCAUAUCAAAACAUAUUUUUGCAGCUAGUUGUGUGGAUAUGACGGUGAUUCGACUAGUUUUAAUUAAGUAAAUUGACGCGUACUAAGCAAGCGCACCACUGUUAGUGUAGUGUUAGUAGGUAUCGAUACUCGCCAAGCGUAGCCAAGUGCCACGGUAACGUUGUAGUUGCUCGAGAUGGGUCGUCGUGGGUGUGAUGUAUACCAGUGAGCAAGUUCAAUGCCCUCGCGUCUCACUACUUGUUUAACAGUUGUAUUUUUACAUUCAAAGCUGAUAAUUUUAUAAACUAUUUUUACACUAUAAUUGUUAUACCGUAAUGUGAAUAGUUUGAACACUGGGCUGCUAUUUUGACUAACAAGUUCGUGGGACAUCGAGCGGCACGCAAAGAUUUAGUUCGUAAGUUCUGAGUGGCAGGUUUAUUCAUAACUACCUCUAUUUAUAAGUAUUUUUAUGAUAGUCUGGGUGAUUUUGUUCAAUAGCGUUUCAAGGAGGACAAUCGAUAAAACAUGAUCAGUUGAGAACAUGAUCGGGAAAUGUAUUAUACCGUUAAAAACAUCCUGUAAACAUACUCUCGAAAAACAUAACCCUCCUCCUGGCGCAGUCGUGUAAAAAAGCCCGAGUCUCGCCCCUAAUCAGUUUUUAUACUGUAAAAAAUUGUGAGAUCUAUGUAAUACGAAGUUGGUUAUUUUAUAUAGUCCGUACUUAAGAGUGCUUCUGUAUUUGGUUAUUAUGUAAAUUGUUAUCAUAUUAAUAUUACAUUUAUUAUACGUUUUAAAUAAAAUAGAUCGACUUGGCCAUCCGACUUAAUCAUGCAAUAUACCAUCAUAAUUCGUAAUCAUGAAAUAAACAAUAUAAUACAAGAAAUGUCAACCAAAGUAGGUAUACUUGUUUUCCAUGCGAUGGUCAAGUCAAUCUAUUUUAUUUAAAGCGUAAAUUUUUUUGAUAUGAUAACAAUUUACAUAAAGACUUACAAUAUAAGGUCCCUUAAGUAGGGACUAAAUAAAAUAACCGACUUGGUAUUAUUGUCACAACAUUUUAUAAUAGAAAAACUGAUGAGGGGCGAGACUUGGGCUUUUUUACAGGAUGUUUUUGAUGGUAUUUCACUUCUUUUUGUAGAUGAAAUUAAUCAAAUCAAAUCACUUUAAUGCAUCCAUAAUGUACAGUGAACAAUAAAAUGUAACUGCAUCAAUAACUUUGUAAUCCCAUACAUUUAUAUGGGUUUACAAAGUUAUUGUUGCAGUUGAUUUAUCUGAAAAACGGGACCGAAUUUACAAAAUAUUCGAUUUUUCCCUUGAUGUAGGUACUAAACACUAAGUGUAUUCCAAUUUUAAAGCUUCUAUGUCUGUUACAAAUGUCUUAAACUUUUGACAGUCAGUCAGUGACAAAGUUUCGAAUAAAACUGGCAAGUUCUUAAACUAAUGGUUAAAAUUUAAAUAUAUGAUGUUUUUACAAUGCCUACUUUGUAUUUAAAAAUCAGGCUUCUUGUUUUAUCCACAACGAAGUUAUAGGCGGUUAACAUUGGCUUUAAUGGCUUCGAGAAAAGGAUGAUACGGCCGUGCCGCUUUUUUUGCUCGACUUGCGUGCAAGAGAAACUGCACACGUCUUCAAUAAAUAAAAAGCGUGAUCUUUACAAAUACUAUUUAAUUAAAAUAUGCAAUUUCGAGGAUACCUAAAAGAGCUAUCACAUCUAUAACUAUUACACUUCCCAAAAUAGUGUCUGAAAGACAUAGUGACAGUCUUGUUAAAAGAUCUCGAUAUUACCUUUUUUGGUAUCACUAAAGUUGUUGGAAAACACAUCGGCUAAAGAUGUUGUCGUCUCAUUGUAGUAGCAUGCAAGCAACGUGAGUCAUGUAUUGAACCAUGUAAUAAGAAUUCAUAAAACACACAUAAUAUUAUAGUAGUCACCUAAAUCAAAGUACCUAUAGUGUAAUUUUCAUAUUAUUUUGAAAGCGUGGUGGUGUGUCGGCAAAUAUUAAAGAAAUAUCUGUUACGUGUGGCUUGGCCGUGGCGAGUCAUAGGGAGGGUGAAGUUCUCAGUAGGGUUGUGUUCGCAUGUGCUCCGUAGAUAGGUCACUCGUAUUACACGAAAUACAUAAUUACAUAUAUAUAGCCACUAGGCCAAACGUAAUCACUUGAUUGAUGAUCAAAGUUUCUAGUGUAGCUGUAAGUUUUUACAAUUUUCGCUGUAAUCCUUUAAUGUUAUGAUUUGCUACCUCACGCGUACACAACAGUAGUGUGCAGGUACAAUAAUAAUAGAUCAAGAACCCAAAAUAUACAUUUUAUACGUACUUCUCGUGCAAGUAUGCACAUCCAACUAUUUAUUAUAAUGAAUAUUCCAGGAGAAUUUAUUAUUCUUUUUUAUUUGUUUAUUUAUCAGGUUUCUUAAGAUAAAGAAACACACCGCCACUUCGGUUGUAUAACAUUAUACGAAUUUUGAUGAAACACCAAUUUUAUAUAAUGGAUUUUGUUUAAUUUAUACAAUUAUUAAUAUGGAAUUAUGAUUAUAUUUUUAAUAAAAAAUAGUAACCAGUGAUAUGAGAUGCCAGUAGUAAUAGUAAUACAUGAAAACGUUCAUAACUUUUUUGUAUUUACGUUGGACUGAUAAAAUUGCACAUAUCUUUUGUACGUGAUGUUUGCGUUACAUGUAGCGUGGGUGUGACGCGCCGAGGUACGCCUGGUGCGGCAGCUCGUCUUGCAUGAACAGGAACAAUAUUACCAGAGAUCUCUAUCGUGUAAAAUAGUUAGGUAUUAGAUCAUUAUGCAUUUAUAGUGUAAGUUACUGUUACUAGUUAGGCAUAAGCGGUGCCAGUGACGUAACUUGUAGGUUGUCUCGCGUGCGGAAAUUGUCGCUUAUUUUAUCAUUGUUGUACGAUUUGUUCAUGUUCUUAUUGAUAUACUUAUUGAUACUUAGGUACUGUGACUGUGCCUACUCCUCAUUACUGUAGUAUUAAGGCUAACGUCACGUUACCAUAUACAUAUUGAAUGUGAUUUUAUUAUGAUCUUUUAAGAAUUCUCAAUAGUAACAUUUAGUUUGAUUGAGCCUGAUAUACAGUAAUUAGUUGAUUAUAUGAUUUAAUGAAAUGACCAUAUGAAUCCUGCCCAAUGAAGGAGACGCCCAAUAAAGAAAGAUGAUACUGGCUUGCAGCCGUCUCACAUUUUCAUAAUUGGUAGAUUUUAUAUUAUUUUGUAAUUUUGUGCUCGCAUACAUGUUACUAUACUACUGUUGUACUAACGCUUUGCUCAAUUUGAUUGGUUUACUGUUUACUAUGUAGCAGUUAGCUGCCGCGUUGCUUGUGACGACAGACCGCACGCGAGUACAAUUCGUGAUCUUGUUACUAACGUCAUUUAGAAGUAUUACUUUUUUUUUAUAUAAAUUAGGGAGUAUUAUAUUUUUAUAUUCGCCUAGAUUUACAACGAUAAUAACCAGUUUCGGCGUUUGCGAUCUCUGUUUUUGUAAUAAUUUUGACUGAUUUUUAAAAUAAUUUAGAAUUUUUUUCGUUUAGGCUGGCAACAUAGCUGCUUCGUUUCAGAGGUCAUUCAAAUUGUAAAUAUAAUAUGUAUAUAAUUGAAUAUGUAUCCCUGAAUGUUGCUCUGAAUAUCCCGAAAGACUGCUCAGAAAUGGAAUAGUAAACUCUAUAAUCUGGAAUUAGGGCUUUCGUAAUAAGUAUAUAUGCAAACAGUAUUCGAUAUGCAGUUUUAGGUGAUUAUACAUUAAAUAUAAACCGCCAUAUAUUUCUAAUCUUUUUAGGGAGCAAAGGCUUCUCAGCAUUGAUCACUAGGUAACUGAUUCCAUGUUAAGAAAUGGAUCAAGUUAUGUUGUGUGUAAGUGUUGGAGUAUCGGUGUAUUGUUGUUUACUGUUUUUCUCUUUGUUUAGUGUUCAGAUUAUAGAGAAGGAACUGCUCUCGCAUUUAUUUUGAAUUUCUCUGUUUUAUUAAUUAAGUGCCAUUCAAGGUGAUUUUAAAGUAUUAUGUUGGUCAACAAGUAAUUGGCCGCGAAAUAUGUGUUACCAGAAGACAAAAAGGUUUCAGUUACAAACCUCGUGUGUGGGUGGUGGUAGACGCUCAUUAAGUAUUAUUUUUUAGGUUAAUAAAUAUACCACCAUUCUUUUGUUAUUUAUAAAAGUAGGUACUCAAAUGAAAAGAUAUUAAAACAAUGAAUCAAUGUUAUUUAAUUUACAUUUGACAUCAUUUGUGAAGAUAGCUUUAACAUGAACUAAAUUAGUACCGUACGGUAAUAAAAAUGCAGCUUUUUUGAAACUUCUCAUUAGGUACAAUGACGUAAUUUUAUUCUUCGUAUACCAUUUACAAUGAUUUUACAUCACAAAAUGUAAUAUAUCAAUAUUCAUUUGUUUAGUUUGAAACGAAUAAGUAUUUUAGAUCUUAUUUUCUCUUUAGCGUCUGUCUACACCCACAUAUGAGACAGUGAUUUUUAUAUGUACCAGUGUUUUUCGAAAUAGUAAUUAUAAUCAGUAAUAUUAAAAUGUAUAUUACUAUAUUAAAUGAUUGUGGAUCGUAGAAAAGUCGACAGUCGUGGACAUGACGCCACAAUACUAAAAUAGCAAUUAAUACGUUUGUAGUAACAAUGUUGCAAAUAUUCUCAAUAUAUUUCGUAUGUAACUCGAUGCCUUAUAAGCAAUAUUUUUGUAAUAAUAAUAAAUCCGACCCAGAAGCUGAGCUAAAAAUAAAUAAUAGAAGUAAUCGAAGGCAAUGUUCACGAUUGUCGAAAGAAUGAGGUUGUUCAUAUACCUACUGGCAAAAUUUGUGAAUUUUGUGCUUAGCACUAAUAAUAACUGUUCUAUACCAAAAUAGAUAAUAAACAAUUUUGAUUAUUUUGUA